CUUCCCAUAGCGCUUCGCGACAACCGCUAUGGAGGCCGGCAGGACAGCGGUGCUGCGGGUAAAGCGGAAGCGUAACGCGGAGCCCGCCGAGGCUCUGGUUUUGGCUUGUAAGCGCCUCCGAAGCGUCGAGGGUGAGUCGGUUGCCCAGGAGACACCAAAGCAUCUGGACGGAGCGGCGGAGAAUAAUGUCUUUAAGUUGGUGGCGACCGUGCGCUCCCAGGAGGAGCCGAUCCAGCCACUAGUGCGGGCUGCCCUGCGCCCUUACCACCGGGGCAGCCAGCAGCGUAUUCGCCACAAUCUCCGCGCCGCAGCUGGCGAGAUCAGGAAAGAGAGCCGCUACCGGGUGGUCUCCAGCCACAGAGCGUCACAGACCUCUGGCAGCCUGGAAUCUGAAUACUCACCAGAAAACUCAGAAGCAGCCGGGGACUCAGGCUUUCAGCUGUUGGACCUAUUACAUGAGGAGGUAGACUCAGAGGCCGUCUCCACCGACUCUAGCAAAACAUCUGACCCAGAUGUGAUCCUGUGCAAUUCUGUAGAGCUGAUCCGUGAGCGGCUGACUUUAUCUGAGGAUGGACCAAGAGGUGGGCGCCAAGAGGAACAGAAGCAUGAUGACUACGUAUAUGACAUUUACUACCUGGAAACGGCCACUCCAGGGUGGAUUGAAAACAUCCUCUCUGUGCAGCCUUAUACCCAGGAGUGGGAACUGGUGAAUGAUGAUGAGCAACCAGAAGACACUUACGAAGAUGAAGAUGAUGAGAACAGUGAGAAUAAUUGGCGCAAUGAAUACCCAGAAGAGGAGAGCAGUGAAGAGGAUGAAGAUUCCAGAGGUUCUGAUGAAUACGACAGCCUGAGUGAGGAAGAAAGAGGCAGCAGGCAACAGAUGUGGCGCAAGUACCCUUUGGAUGUACAGAAGGAGUUUGACUAUGAUAACCUGGAUUCAGACUGAUGGUCUUGUACUCAUGAGGUUCUGUCACAGGCCCAGGGAGCCUCUGUGCAUAGGGUUAACUGACCUGGUGCCGUCAUCUUAAUUAAGAUUCCUAGCUGAAGAGAUGGAAGAAGAAAGCACACUGAAUGGUGCCAUCCCAGCGCAUGGAAAACUUAAGCUAAAGGAGUCUUUUCCACUCAUAGUAGGGCCCGUUGAUAUCAAUCAAAAGUGACUGUACAAUCUGGGAGAAAAAAAGACUAUACAGUGGAAAGUUUGCCUCACUUCCUCCACGACGCAUUGUUCCUGGCAUUCUAGAGCUAUGGCAAAGCCAAAAGGAGAGGAGGGAAUUUGGUUUCAUCAGCAGUAAGAUUCUACUUUCCUUUUCCACCUGACUGCCUGCAGAUUCCCUUUGAUAAUGGGCACCUGCGAGGGCUACCGUGGGUCCCUUGCAGCAGCAGUCGAGGUAAUAACAGCUUUUAGCGCAGGAAGUACAACCUGAGCUAUGAUGUUAACAGCUAUCUUGCCUCUUGGCCUCAGACUGUAAUGGUAUAGUUUCCUGUCAUCUUUUGGCAAUAGUGCCAAGAAACAGUAUACAUGAAUGUAUUGUGUUUAAUAAAACUACUUUUGAACAUGGAA